AUGGACAAAAGAAAAUUAGCUUUGGUGUUUUCACAGAAUGAUCGGCAAAUCCACCCUUCGGAGGACAGUGCUACCACUCAACCUACAGGUAAAAGUGAGGAGAAUGUGGAGCGGGGUAACUGGUCCUCAAAGACUGACUACUUGCUCUCGAUGAUCGGUUACGCUGUGGGCCUCGGCAAUGUCUGGAGAUUCCCAUACCUGGCUUACAGAAAUGGAGGAGGUGCCUUCCUUAUUCCCUAUAUCGUCAUGCUGGUAUUUGCUGGGAUGCCCCUGUUUUUCCUGGAAUGCUCAUUUGGACAGUUUUCCAGUUGUGGACCCAUUGCAGUGUGGAAAGCUGUGCCAAUCCUACAAGGUGUGGGCGUCUCCACAGUCCUUGUGUCGACAUUUGUGACAAUUUACUACAACUGUAUCAUCGGCUACAGUCUGUACUACCUGUUUGCUUCCUUCCAAUCACCUCUACCAUGGGCAGACUGCUUCAGUUGGUGGGGAGCAGAUGAAACAUGCAGCAGGACUCGAAAAGAUCCGCUCUGCAACCUCACCCUGGAUGAUGGAUAUUUUGAAAUUGUUAAUAGUACGUCGCUGCAGGCGAACAAUGAAACUUGUCCAAACGGAUCAGAAAUCUUGGUUCCUCACCAGGGUCCGAGUGAACAAUACUGGGAUAAAGUGGCUUUGGACCGUGCUAGUUCAUUGGAUGAGACUGGGGAGAUAGUCUGGUAUUUAGCUCUCUGUCUGCUUCUGGCCUGGCUUAUAGUUGGAGCAGCGCUAUCUAAAGGAAUCAAAUCUUCAGGAAAGGUGGUUUAUUUCACUGCGACAUUCCCAUACGUGGUUCUAACCGUACUCCUGAUCCGAGGGGUUACCCUGGAUGGAGCCUCUGAAGGAAUAGAAUUCUACAUUGGAAGCCAGUCGGACAUCUCAAAACUGGCCGAUGCUGAGGUCUGGAAAGAUGCUGCAACACAAAUUUUUUAUUCCAUUGCAGUAUCUUUUGGAGGUUUAACAACACUGGCAUCCUACAACAAAUUCCACAACAACUGCUACAGAGACACCAUCAUUGUCUGUGUUGUUAAUUGUGCUACGAGUGUGUUUGCUGGAUUUGCCAUCUUCUCCAUCCUGGGACACAUGGCUCAUGUACAAGACAAGCCUGUUUCAGAGGUUGCACAGUCAGGUUUUGGUUUAGCCUUCAUUGCCUAUCCAGAGGCCCUUGCACAGUUGCCAUGGGCACCUUUAUGGUCCAUUUUGUUUUUCUUCAUGCUGCUUACUCUGGGACUCGACAGUCAGUUUGCAUCUGUAGAAACAAUUACAACAAGCUUGGAGGACCAGUUCCCUGCUCUUCUGCAAUCAAAACGACAUUAUCUGUCAAGCGUGACUUGUUUUCUAUUGUUUCUCUUUGGCCUCGUUUGUGUAACACAGGCUGGGAUUUAUUGGGUGAAUUUAAUUGACCAUUUCUGUGCUGGUUGGGCUCUCCUUACAAUCGGUGGUCUGGAGUUUAUAGGGAUUAGCUGGAUCUAUGGGGCAAACAGAUUCAUCAAGGACAUUGAGAUGAUGAUCGGGGAAAGGAGUUGGCUCUUCUGGCUGUGGUGGAGAAUCUGUUGGUUUUUUAUUUCUCCAUGUUUGCUGGCAGUUAUCUUAACUUGGUCUUUAGCAACAUUUGUCCCACCAACAUACGGACCUGUUGAAUACCCUGGCUGGGCAAUAGCCCUGGGCUGGUGUAUGAUCAUCUUCUGUAUUAUGUGGGUCCCCAUUGUCGCUGUGGUGAGAGUUGUUCAAGCUGAGGGCUCUACCUUGGGCCAGAGGAUUACUGCAGCUUGUACAUCGACACCAGACUGGGGACCAUACUUGAAGCAGCACCGAGGGGAAAUAUACAACAAUCAGAUAUGCCCUAAACCACAAUUUAUCAACAUGGAACUUCCAAAUAUUCAUCAUGUAAUGUCAAAGUUCUAG